UUGAUAAAGUGAAUACUUUUUUAUGAAAUGUAAAUUGAGUUAAAAUGGGGGUAACCAGUGCUAAACAAUUAUUUUUAAUUUUUAUAAUUAAUAUUAAUUCAGAGUUAUUUUAGCCUAUAGUGAAAUUCUUGAUUUAAGUUAAUACAUAACAUUCGAGUUUGUUUUUACUUCAAGCAUGAUCAUCGAACAAUAACAAUAAGCAAUGUUUUACCGGUUAUUUGAUCAGUUCUGAUAAUAAAUCAAUAAAAACUAUGUCUCUACAAAUUUUAAGAUUCAAUCGGCCAAUAGUGUCCUCCCUUCACUUAAUAAACUGUAAUUUUGUGCAUCCCACUCCACAAGGAAAAACAAAAAAAGAACAUUUUGGUUACCACAAACACAGUCCAAUGGUCAAUUAUGAUAUCAGUUAUCUCGGUAGAUCUAUGUACCGAACUGUACAUACAAGCAGAAGUGCUUCACAGAUUAAAGUAAAAGAUUUUCUUGACUCUGACGCUAAGGAUACUCAUACUAAGCCUACAACCAGAAAUCAGUCUCUUCAACCAGUGGAUAGACUUUUUGAAGAAAAGGAAUCUAAGUUUUACUACAACUUCCUAAAACAAUCAAGUUCGUAUGCUGGAACUGUUUACAAGGAUGACCCUCAAUUUUUAGAUAAGUACAAACUCAACGAUAUUGAAUACAAAAAUAUUAUCGAGACAAAGCAAUGGGAUGCAAAGCCACCAGCAGACAUAAUAAAAGCUUUCAUAUCUUUAGGAAUACAUGCAUCUACCAAGCUUAACAUUACUAUUGAGGAUAAGAGUUGUGAAAUGUUGGUAUCUGCUUUGGUUGACAAUUUGAAUUUCUCUUCUGACAACGAACUGAUUGAAUGCCUUAUAGCUUUAAAACUCUGGCCUGUGCUAACGAGAACCAAAGACUCAUCACAUGAUAAAGUACGCAAAGCAAUAGACGAAGUUUGUUGUAAUAGAUUGUAUGAUUGGACGAUAGACAAGUGCUUAUAUGUGAUGGAUCUAUGGUAUCGUCUUGGUCACCUACGGCACUGCUACUUUACCCACAAGACAUUACUGAAAAUCUCACGAAAAACUGAUGAGUUGACAGCUGCCCAGUUGAUCCAAACACUAUUCUACAUAAGCAUAAAACGGAAAAUUAGUGCUCAGAUAGCGCUUAGAGAGUAUGAACACUUCAUUCAACAGUAUAUAACUAAACUGUCAAUCGAAGAAAUUGGGAUAUUUUGCUUGGCUUUUUUCAGAAACAAAACAUCAAUUUUAAACAAGAAAGUAUUGAUGUACAUAAUGCAAAGAACCGUUAAGGAAACUGAUACUAUCGACUCAAUCUGUCUUGCAGCUAUAGCCAAGGUAGUUAGAUAUUCACACAAACCAGACAUUGGGUUCACAGCUAACGACAUGGUGAACAAGGUGAUAGCUAAAAGGUGGAACUCAUUUUCAUUGAUUACUGCAAUUCAUCUCGUCCACAUCAGCACACAAGUUCAGUUUUAUGAUGAACAAUCACUUACCAAACUAGCGGAAAAGUUUUGCAUGAACCCUUCGGAGGCUAGAUUGAAGGAACUAGAGCGAAUAGCCUUCUUUCUCUCCCUGUUCAACUUCAUCCCUCCUUCGGCUCCCAACGUGUGUGAUUUGAUUGUGGAACAGCUGGAUUCUCCGCAACGGGAAUCAGAACUGAAUGAAUUCCCGCUUAUGUAUCUUUCACUUCUUUACUUUCUCUCUCUACUCCAAGUCCAUCCAGAGAAACACAUUUGCCGAGUAAUUGAUGACAAACGUCUUUUAGAACUCUAUGGGAACAAGUUCCUCAUUCCGCAGCAGACUGUGCAGUUGGACUACAACAGAGUUCUGGAAGGACCAGCUGGCUCCAAACAUCUGUUGUCUCCCAGAUUACAAGAAUAUCUGGCGAGAAGAUAUUCCAUGUACAUCCCGGAUGAAGCUCACCCACCAAAAAACCAGUUUGACACCAUGCUGUUUGAGAUGAUGGGUCUGAGUGAUAAACUGCUUGGAAAAGGGAACAGCCUCGCCACAUACACUCUCCCCCACUUUCCUAGAGCAGAUAUUUUGUUUCGGCUCGAUGAUGAUGGGAAGCCUCUUCCAAUCCCUGAAGAAAUGAAGAGAUCAGCGUUUGAUGAUGUUACCCGACCUGAAGGCCCUGGAAAGUGGUACUGUGCAGUGAUCGGAGGCCGUAACAUGUACAUGCACAAUGUUCCAAGACUCGUCGGAGAGCAGAUGACAAAGUUGAGGCAACUUAAGUCUCUAGGCUACACUCCCAUUGUGAUCCCAUCUUUCUACUGGAGAAAAGAAGAAGAUAAGAUGGCAUAUCUCAAACUUAAGUACUUUUCUGGCAAUGUCCAAGAAAAUAAACAAAGAUAAGUUAUUUUUUUAGUCUUAUUGUACCAGUACCUAAUGUUUAUAAAAUGUUGAAAUAGUGAAUAUUCUCAGAAUAAAUUUGUUUCCAAA